AUGGCCCGAGCAAUUGGAAUUGAUUUAGGAACUACAUACUCGUGUGUCGGUGUUUUUCAACAUGGCAAAGUUGAAAUUAUUGCCAAUGAUCAGGGCAAUCGAACAACGCCAAGUUAUGUUGCAUUCACCGAUAGUGAACGAUUAAUUGGUGAUGCAGCCAAAAAUCAAGUAGCUAUGAAUCCAAACAAUACCAUCUUUGACGCUAAACGACUGAUUGGAAGAAAAUUUGAUGAUUCAACCGUUCAAGCUGAUAUGAAACAUUGGCCAUUCAAAGUUAUCAACGAAGGUAGUAAACCAAAAAUUCAAGUUGAAUACAAAAAUGAAAUAAAAUCAUUUACACCAGAAGAAAUAUCAUCAAUGGUUUUAACCAAAAUGAAAGAAAUAGCCGAAGCUUACCUAGGAAAAAAAAUUUCCGACGCUGUCGUCACCGUACCUGCCUAUUUUAAUGAUUCGCAACGUCAAGCAACAAAAGAUGCUGGAGUUAUUGCUGGCCUCAAUGUUCUUCGUAUUAUAAACGAACCAACGGCUGCUGCCAUUGCUUAUGGUUUGGAUAAAAAAGCUACUGGUGAACGUAACAUCUUAAUUUUUGAUUUGGGAGGCGGUACAUUCGAUGUUAGUGUACUAAAAAUUGAAGAAGGAAUAUUCGAAGUAAAAUCAACUGCUGGAGACACUCAUUUAGGAGGAGAAGAUUUCGAUAAUCGAAUGGUUUCACAUUUUGUUCAAGAGUUUAAACGAAAGAGUAACAAAGAUUUAUCACAGAAUAAACGUGGACUUCGUCGAUUAAGGACAGCAUGUGAACGUGCGAAGAGAACAUUGAGUUCAUCAUCUCAAGCAUCGAUUGAGAUUGAUUCCUUGCACGAAGGCAUUGAUUUCUAUUCUAACAUCACACGUGCUCGAUUUGAAGAAUUAAAUGCUGAUUUAUUCCGUUCUACAUUGGAACCGGUUGAAAAAGCCUUACGGGAUGCUAAAAUGGAUAAAUCACAUAUACAUGAAAUUGUAUUGGUUGGGGGUUCGACACGUAUUCCAAAAGUACAAAAGUUAUUACAGGAUUUCUUUAAUGGCAAAGAGUUAAAUAAAUCAAUCAAUCCUGAUGAAGCCGUUGCUUAUGGUGCUGCUGUCCAAGCCGCCAUUUUGACUGGUGACAAAUCUGAAGAAAUCAAAGAAGUCUUGUUAUUGGAUGUUGCCCCAUUGUCACUGGGUAUUGAAACUGCCGGUGGUGUAAUGACUUCGUUAAUCAAGCGCAAUACAACAAUUCCAACAAAACAAACACAAACGUUCACUACCUAUUCAGAUAAUCAACCAGGUGUCGAUAUCAAAGUAUUUGAAGGUGAACGAUCCAUGACAAAAGACAACCAUUUACUUGGAAAUUUUGAGUUAUCUGGCAUUCCACCCUCACCACGUGGUGUCCCACAAAUUGAAGUUACGUUUGAUAUUGAUGCCAAUGGCAUAUUGAAUGUAUCAGCCGCGGACAAAUCGACUGGACGUGUAAAUAAAAUUACCAUUACAAAUGAUAAAGGUCGUUUAUCAAAAGAUGAAAUUGAACGUAUGGUUUCUGAUGCUGAAAAAUACAAAAAGGAAGAUGAAGUACAACGUGAUCGCAUUACAGCUAAAAAUAGUUUGGAAUCAUAUUGUUUCAAUAUGAAAACCACCAUGAGCGAUGAUAAACUAGCAGGAAAAAUUAGUGAUGGUGAUAAAGCAAAAGUAACAUCGACCAUCGAUGAUGCAUUAAAAUGGUUAGAAGCAAAUCAAUUAGCAGAAAAAGAUGAAUUUGAGCAUAAAUUGAAAGACGUCGAAAAAAUAUGUUCUCCUAUAAUGACAAAAUUAUAUCAAGGUGAAGGUGGAGCAGCUGGACCAGGAGGUAUGCCCGGCGGAUUUCCCGGAGCAGGAGCCGGUGGACAUGGUGGCAAAGGUGGAGCAAGUGGACCAACAAUCGAAGAAGUUGAUUAA